UUUGCGCGGGAUGGGCGCUCACGCAGUCAUGGCGGCCUUCCGCGACAUGGAGGAGUUGUGCCAGGGGCUGCUGAGCCUCCUGGGCGCCAACCACGCCGCGGCGCAGCAGCGGCGGCUACUGGGGCGCUACGGGCAGAUGCUGGAGCGGCUGCUGGAGACGCAGGACGGCGCCGAGCAGCAGCUGCGAGAGAUCCUCGAGGCAGAGAAGAAUGUUGCCCAGAGCCUUCUUGAUGCGAAGGAGCAGGCGUGCCAGGGGGGUGCUGAAUUGCAGCAGAUUGAAGCCAGGCUUCAGAAGGCCAGCGAGGAGGACACUCACCUGAAGGCCAGCCUCCUAUAUCCUUUCCUCCGCCUCUCCUCGGAGCUCACCAGGGAGCUGGAGGACCUCAAGGAGGUGGAGGCCGAUCUCGAAAAACAGGAGAAGGAGGUUGACGACGACACAACGGUCACCAUCCCUGCCGCCAUGUAUGUGGCUCAGCUUUAUCACCGAAUUAGUAAAAUCGAGUGGGAUUACGAGUGUGAACCGGAGAUGAUCAAAGGCAUCCAUCGCGGCCCCAGCGUGGCCCAGCCCAUCCACCUGGACAGCACCCAGCUCUCCAAGAAGUUCAUCAGCGACUAUCUCUGGAGUUUGGUGGACACGGAGUGGUAGCUGGGAGCCGCUCGGACUGUCUUGCACAUAAUGGGAAUCGUUUGUGGUGUGUGGUUAGUGCCUUGGUGGUGAGAUCAGCUUAAAAUUAAACGUUUAGCCCUAGCCAGUUGGGCUCAGUGGAUAGAGUGUCAGCCUGCGGACUGAAGGGUCCCAGGUUCGGUUCUGGCCAAGGGCACAUGCCUGGGUUUCAGGCGCGAUCCCCAGUAGGGGAUGUACAGGAGACAGCUGAUCAGUGAUUCUCAUCAUUGAUGUUUUAUCUCUCUCCCUCUCUAAAAUCAAUAAAAAUAUAUUUUUAAAAAGUGUUUAAACAUAAA